AUGACCUUGGGCGAUAGCAGAACCUCCGAACUUGAAGAUGAGGUACCUGAGCUGGUCUCGGGAUCCCAGUAUACUCUGGAGGAAUAUUCCUCGUUGAAGCGGUCGCUCAGCAGGAUCAAAGAUACCCCACAGCACAUGUUGUCGCCAAACAACCAAUUCUCCGAACAGCACAAGCGGAGUACGAGUAGAAGCAGUUCGAUCGAUCCCAACGAGAAGCUGUACAUGAAUAUUCCACGCCUUCCCAUGGCUUCCGAAAUCGCAUUGGCCUCGCUGCUAUAUUUGCCGACACCACUAUUGGUUUUAUCAUCGCUGAAGACCAUCGUACUGGCCAAUGAGGCUAUGGGCAGGUUGCUCGGCUUGCGUCAACCUGAAAGUAAUGUUGAAGAUGUUGGUGAGUCGGUCAACGAUAUCUUAAAAGGCCAGACACUUUCGCAGAUUGGCAUCGACAUGCUGUCUGAUGGCGUUCCAGUGUGGGUUAGUUGGGAGAAAUUUCUCGAUAAUUUGACUGGUGGACUCGCAGAGGACGGCGACGGGAGUGUUCUGGCUAGAGUCCGCAGUGGGGAGACGACACCACAAGCCAAUGGCGACGUGACUACCAUUCCGGUAGCAGAAAUGCCUAUGCGAGGUCGCUCGCCGUUGCGGGAAAAGGCCACUGUACACGACACAGUUGUUGAUGUGCUCGUGUCCUCUCAGCGAUUCCGUCGCGGACAAACCUCUACUAAGGCACAGGGCUCUGGCGCACAAUCGACAUGCCGCAUGAUAAUCUCAAUUUGGAUGCUCGAAGAUCAGCGCUUCUACACUCUCACCUUCACGAGCCCUUCAGUACAUGGCACUGGGAGCAGGCAGUCACAUUCACACGUCGUACCUCGCGCCAAGUCUAGUCAAUCGACGCGGUCUUCACAGUCGUCACAGUCGCAAACUCCCACUUCCUCUACAGCAAGCAGCGUGGUGCAGUCACCUUCGGAAGGCACCGGCCCGAGCAGCACCAUGUCGACAUUCUUGCCUAGCGGCGCCCCCGCUAGGUGCGCUUCGCCUGCCACCUUCACUGACUUCCAGAAAGUUACUCGCAUGAAGGAUGCCAUGCUGACAGCUAUGAAUAUCCCCGUACUGGCCAUGUGGAAAGACGAGAGCGUAGUGUUCCCAAACCCUGCUGCCCGGCGCUUGCUUGCCGUCAAUGCAGAUCCAACGUCCGAUGAUAGCUAUGAUUUCAUGUCUCGCUUUCAACCCUGGACAGCCGACUUUUCAAGGCAGCUGGAAGACGCCGAGAACCCGAUCGUGUCUCUAUGCAGGACACAACAGGCGUUCGGUCGCUGGCAGAUUGGUCUUAUCAAUGAUAAGACUGGCAAGAAGUCGAUUUACGAUGUUUCGGGCCAUCCAGUGUUCGAUGAGAAAACCAACGAAUUUUUCGCAGGCCUCAUCGCCUUCAAGGAUGUCACAGAAUACACCGAUAAAAUUGCUCUACAAAACGCUGAGAACGACGACCAGUUCGCUUUGAUCUGUGACAUGAUGCCUCAGAUGCUGUGGACCACACGUCCCGAUGGAUUCCAUGACUAUUUCUCCCAAAGGUGGUACGAUUAUACGGGUUUGACGCCCCAGAAUUCUCUCGGGUUAGGAUGGAAAUUACCUUUCCACGACGACGACAUUCCCGAAGCAGUAAAGAAAUGGCAGCACUCUCUGAAAACAGGUGAUACCUACAGCGUGGAGUAUCGAUGCCGACGGCACGAUGGUGAAUGGCGCUGGAUGCUUGGGCGAGCAAUGCCUCUUCGUGACAGUAAGACUGGCGAGAUCCUGAAAUGGUUUGGAACGUGUACCGAUAUACAAGACAUUGUGGACGCUCGCAACGCUGGUGCCAGAAUCCGGCAACAGCUACUCGAUGUCUUGCAUCAUUCGCACAUGAACAUGUGGACCGUGGACCGUAAGCUUCGGCUGGCAUUCUUCGAGGGGGGGCCAUUCGAAGGCCUCGACCCUGAUGAGAACAAGACGGAAAUACUAGGGAAGUCCAUCAAAGAGGUGCUCAUAGACCACGGCAACGGUGCUCAGACUGACCUUGUCGAGAACUUACUGACAUCCAUUGGAAGAAUCCUGGAUGGCACAUCUGAGCUGGAACUACGAGAGAUUCACAACAACGGACGAUGGUUUCGUUCCAAAUUGGUACCGCUACGCGGACGUCGAGGGCGUCAUGGCAUCAUUGACGAGGCUUAUGUCGAAGGUGUGAUUGGGAUCACCACCGAGGUAACCUCGAUGCGACAAAAGGAGCAAGAAAACAUCAAGCUGCUGGCGAAUGAGGCGGCUGCGAAGGAAUCAAGCAAGAUGAAAUCCCAGUUUUUGGCUAACAUGAGUCACGAAAUCCGUACACCAAUUGCUGGAGUGCUUGGAAUGUCAGAACUGCUGCUAGAUACCACACUCGACGACGAGCAACACGAGUUUGCACAGAAUAUUCAAAGUUCGGCAAAUUCUCUGCUCACAGUCAUCAACGAUAUCUUGGAUUUUUCCAAGAUUGAGUCGGGCCGACUGGAUGUGGAAGAAGUACAGUUCUCUCUAUCUACAGUCCUGAAGGAUGUGGCGAAGAUGCUUUCCUAUGCAGCGCGUCGGAAGUCUCUUGAGUUUGGCAGCGACUUCAAUCUCGGCAAGGAAGACCUUGUUCUUCUCGGCGAUCCAGGCCGAAUCCGCCAGAUACUUACCAAUCUGCUCACCAACAGUAUCAAAUUUACUUCUGGUGGUUAUGUCAGGAUGGGCGCGAAAGUGCUGUCCGAGACGCACGACGCGGUCACCGUUCAAUUUACGGUUGAAGAUAGUGGUGUCGGUAUUGAGGAGGAGGUCAAGAAACGUCUGUUCAAGCCUUUUAGUCAAGCCGAUUCAAGCACCGCAAGACGCUUUGGCGGUACGGGACUUGGCUUGACGAUCAGCAAAAAUUUGGUCGAUUUAAUGAAGGGCGACAUCGAAUUGAUCUCGAAACUAGGCGUUGGUACUGUCGCGAAAUUCCAAAUCCCACUCAAGAAAACGGAAUAUGUCGCUGGCGGAAAGCCAUCGACACCUCUUGUGGAAGUAACAUCCUUCCCUGAUCGUCUUCAGUCUGAUUUAUCAUUGUCUGUUGAUAACUCUUCAACGACUGAUGGUAGAACGCCAAAGAGAUCGAGUCCACCAGUCCAGUCACCCCGGAGCUCCAUCAGUGUCAAGGCCCAGCGCGCAUCUCUACCGCCGGGGCGGACCCCGGUAGACUCUCCUAACGUCGAAGCUCGUAGAGAAAGCAUUCAUAUCUUGGUGGUGGAAGAUAACCCGGUCAAUCAGCAGAUUGCGAUUCGAUUCAUUCGAAGCCUCAACUUCCGGGUAUCAGCUGUCUGGAACGGUCGAGAAGCACUCGAGUAUAUGCUCAAGGCAACCAGCCCCGAUCGCAGUCCAGAAGAAGCUGUUGAAUAUCCGGUCCCUUCGUUGAUUCUCAUGGAUGUACAAAUGCCUAUUCUGGAUGGGUAUCACGCUACUCACCUGCUCCGACAUCAUCAUCCUUACGCAUCGAUUGAAGCUAUCAAACGCGUCCCGAUCGUUGCAAUGACAGCUUCUGCGAUUAGAGGAGACAGAGAGCGAUGCGAGAAGGCCGGCAUGGAUGACUACAUGGCGAAACCAGUCAAACGAAUCAUGCUCGAGAAGAUGAUCUUGAAAUGGAUCGCCAAACAGGAUAGCUUCAGGCGAGCAUCAAUUCCUCCUUCUGACAACGACAAGCUCGGCUUGAGCCGAUCAGGGACGGACCAUUCAUCAAACUGUCCAGAUCACGAUUCCAUCGCGGCUGAAUUUCUGAACGCUCGGGCGGCUGCAAUGGCAGCCCUAACUUCUGCUGCUGGUCGGCAGGUUCCCAUACACGAGGCAGGGCAGCCUAGUCCAACGUUGACCAAGGCUCGCCGGCUCAGCAAAUCAACGGGUCUUAUGGUCCAGGACAUGGCUGAGGUUGACACAGAAGGUGAGCGAGUCUUAAGGCGAGAAGAAGCUGAGGACAAGGCACGGAGUCUACGUGACGCCAAGCUCAUUUCAGCCACCGACGAUGAGCACGGGACAGCUCCCAAUCACAAUUACAGCCACGAAAUAGCAGGCAACCUGACAAUGAUGGGCAGUUCCAUGCCGGUCAGCUACCCUACGCAGGGCGAUAGUGACUCUGAGGAUGGGGUCAUGGCACUGACACAGGAGAACGUGGAGAAAUUCAACAGUGUGAGUGAAGGCACUGCUUCUAUUCAGCCGAUUGAUGCAACCCCAGCGGACAUACCCGGUCCGCCGCCCGGUCUGGAGCCAUUGGCGAGCGUUGCGACGCCCGCUUCACUUCCUGUUCGGACCGCCGAGUGCAUCUCGAUGAGUCCGAAAAAGCAACGAAUUGAUGUCGGUGGUUUGAAGCCAGGAGAUAGAUCCAAAAGUGACUGGAGUACUAGCACUGCCAAACCGAGAGGGCGGCGCAGGAGCUCGGAAAAGUAA